ACAUCCACGAACCGAAGGACAUUAUUUAGGUUCCUCGCGUGCAGCUUACUCUAAUGCCGUUAAAUUCUCUCCAUGCUAAAUUUUAGAUAAAUUGGUCUGGCAUAACAUUUGGUGGUAAAGAUGCCGCAAAAUAGCAUAAUUCGCUUAUUUCACCCGUUCUGCUUACUUGCUUGUUUGUCCACCCUUUUACAAGUGACGUACUGCGGCAAAAUUCCUUCUGAGGAGACGCUGGUCUUUCCGAAACUUCUUGAGAGCCGUAACGACAAAGGGACAAAGGUUCUCAAGAUAAACGAUGCUCUCACACUGAACUUGGAAAAGAGUUCUGUCAUGAGUAAGGAGUUUUUACUCCGGACCUAUCAAGGACAUGUUAUGCAGCACACUUACCUCGACGGACAAGCACUGGAAGAGGACUUAUAUCAUGACUCACAGCGUUUCGCAUCCGUAAUUGUGUCCGAAGAAAAUGGAUUAGAAGUGGAGGGUGUACUCGGUCCUAAGUUUGCCAUAAAGCCAGUCAAGGGUCAAGCAAGGUCGGCUGGAUUAGGGGAUGUGCCACAUAUUAUCUACAAAAUUGAAGACCACGAAGGAGUCUUCGCGAGAACAGGUAAUGCUUGUAAAAAUGUUAGUGAAAGAGCGAAGCACAACAUCUCUGAAAGGCAGAACCAAAAUGGCGCCAGACCAGCGAUUAUAUAUCCAGAAUUAUUGAUUAUGGUCGACAGCACCUUUAGAGCGCAGUUCAGGACGGAAUACACCUUGCUGAAGUAUUUAAUAAUCACUCUAAACUCCGUGAAUGUGCGAUACCUGACGGUAUCAAAUCCAUCUGUGAGAAUCAAGUUUUGUGCGAUGGAAAUCCUUACUGCAGCUGCAGAGAGUUUCCUGACACGUUCUGGAAAUUAUGUUCAAGGCAUUCGGUCACUUCAAGGUCUGCGAGACCAUGUUCAUAACAACACUGAAAAAUAUGGAAUAUACGACGGCGUUUACCUUGUAACCGGGCUUGACAUGGCUGAGUACUCCUAUUAUGGCUGGAAUGGGAACUUGCUCGGCUAUGCGUAUAUUGGGGGUAUCUGUAGCUGGCAGAAAGUUGGCUAUGGUGAAGACUCUGUGGGAACGUUCAAAGGCAUCCGGAUACUGGCCCAUGAAUUUGGACACUUGCUUGGUUGCCCCCAUGAUGGCACUUCGAGCGGCUACUAUACCUCAGUGAGCUGCCCCUGGAAUGAUGGCUUCCUCAUGAGCUACAUGGAAACGGACAGCAGAAGCAUGAAGUUUUCUCACUGUUGCAACGAAAUGAUCACUUGGCUUGCAUGGUCCGACCGCGGCAAAUGCCUGCUAACCGCCAGCGCGAAGAGGAAAAUCAGGAAGAAGUACUUUGUGAAGCUCUUUGUUGGAAACAUAAUGACCAGAGACCAGAUGUGCAGGCUCUCGUUUCCUAAUGUCGCAGAGACCCGUUUUAUCCCUGACUACAGCGGCAAUGAGAAUUGCAUGGCAAGGUGCUUCAUGCCUAAAUCAGUUUAUGGUUAUGAAACAUAUAUGCCAACGUUUCUCCCAGACAACUCUCCUUGCAAGGAAAACAAUGGGACUAUCUGCAGAAACGGCGACUGCGUCCAACAGAAGCUCAGGCGAAUCCAAUACCGACCAUACUAAUGAAUGCAUCAUUAAA